AUGCCAGCGAAGCCAACAAUUCUGUUCGUCCCUGGAGCAUGGCAUACCGAGUUCCAUGUGAGACCAGUUCUCCCGUAUCUCGAUAAGCUUGGUUACGAAGUCAAAGUCCUGCUGCUGGCGAACCUAGGCGAUCACAAUGGUGCAGAAACAAAGCCUGGAUUACAUGACAGUGUCGAGAAGGUCUUCGAAGCUAUGCGCGCUGAAGCAGAGUCAGGAAGAGAUUUCGUCGUUCAGGGCCAUAGUGCCGGUGGCCUCGUCAGCGCGAUGGCAGUCAACAAGUUUCUCCCAUCGGCGACCGCAGAGGAGAAGUCUAGACUGAAGCGGGUGAUCUUCCUCGCCGCCUUCAUCAGAACGAGCAAACAUAUUAUCAGUCAUUGGCAUCAUAUGGAUUUCAAGAAAGGGUUGUCGUGGCCUCUGAGGCCGGAACAGGUUUUCUACAACGAUAUGUCAAUCGAAGAUUCCAAGCCUUUCUGUGAAGCCUUGCUGCCGAUUACGCUUACGCCACGCCCAGAUGAGAUUGAUUCGUUAUGGCAUGAGAUCCCGCGGACGUUCAUCGUUGCGUCGAAAGAUGAAGCUUUGCUUCCGUACAAGCAGAGAGAGGAAGCCGAAGAGCAAGGCUUUGACAUAUUUGAGCUUGAUUCGGGACAUUGUCCUUUUAUCAGUCAACCGGAGAAUUUCGCAAAUGUUCUGAAUGGAAUCAUACAACAGGGAUUGGAAGCAAAAGCGUAG